AGUUCUGGUGCCGCAGGCCGCCCCUCGACGGUACUCCGUGGUGUAUCCCGCUGUAGCCACCAUGCUAUUCUGGCACCUAAGCGGAAUCUACGGGCUGUGUCUGUGCUUAUUUUAUGCUAAGUGGGCUACGAUUUUGUUCAAUACCAUACUCUACAUAUGCGCUAUGCUGGGCGUCACGGCGGGCGCGCACCGGCUGUGGGCGCAUCGCUCCUACAAGGCGACCCUGCCGCUGCAAGUGUUGCUCAUGCUGUUCCAGAGCCUCGCCUACCAGCACUCGGCGCUUCGCUUCGCUCGGGACCACAGGUACACCCUCCUACAAGGCGACCCUGCCGCUGCAAGUGUUGCUCAUGCUGUUCCAGAGCCUCGCCUACCAGCACUCGGCGCUUCGCUUCGCUCGGGACCACAGGUACACCCUCCUACAAGGCGACCCUGCCGCUGCAAGUGUUGCUCAUGCUGUUCCAGAGCCUCGCCUACCAGCACUCGGCGCUUCGCUUCGCUCGGGACCACAGGGCCCACCACAAGUUCAGCGACACGGACGCGGACCCAUACAACCCCGCGCGCGGGUUCUUCUUCGCGCACAUCGGGUGGCUGCUGGUGCGCAAACACCCGCAGGCCAUCACCAGAGGGAAAGGGAUACACGUGGACGACCUCUACCAGAACCCCGUGCUGGUCUUCCAGAACAAGUACAGUUUCCACCUCACCAGCUUACUUGCAUUCGUGCUUCCUGCGCUCGUCCCGACUUACUUCUGGCAGGAGAGUGUGACCACCGCGCACCACGUGUCGGUGGUCCGCGUGCUCGCCGUCUGGCACGCCUUCUUCACCACCAACAGCGCCGCACACAGCCACGGCUACAGGCCCUAUGAUAAACGCAUCAUGCCCACACAAAACCUUCCCGUAACCUUCAUCACACUCGGUGAAGGAUUCCACAACUUCCAUCAUGUGUUCCCCUUCGAUUACCGAGCGGCUGAACUUGGGAAUAAUUGUUUGAAUCUCACAACGAGGUUUAUAGAUGUUUUUGCGUGGAUCGGGUGGGCGUACGAUUUGAAGCAUGCGUCUCCUGAUGUCAUAGCGAAGAGAUCGAACAGGACUGGAGAUGGAACUGAUCUGUGGGGGCGACCCAAGGAGGAUUUUGUGAGUGAUUCUUCUAAAUAAUUUUGAAGAGCAGACAUGAGAAGAUGUAAGAUGUGAGCUCGAUAUGGAAGAAGACUGUAUACCGAAUACAGUUUAUGGUGUUGUGGGUACAUAAGUACACAUCGGUACACAUUUGCAAGGAAAAAAUGCCACACGUGAGGAAACAACGAGGAGCCCGACUCUAGCAAAUUAAAAAAAACCACCCAUGCUGGUCUACAAUUCAUAUUUUUCAUUGUUCUAGACGUGUGUAUUUAAUCUAUAAUAGGAAUCACGAAUGUUUCACAAUAGCCGGGUCCAGAUAGACCGAGCAUACGCGCAAGGCUUUGUGCGCGAGGAAAUUGCCUCGCGCGUACGCUGGCUCUGUGUGGAGCCGGCUAAUAACAGAAAAAAAGGAGAAACAAUAUACUUGUUUAAUACAA